AUGGAGAAGGGGCAGAAGCGAACGAGGGCAGACGAAGUCAGGGCCCGGCGAGAGGUGGAGGACACACGACGCAGGCGAGACACCAAGCGCUACGAGGCCUGGUGCACGAAGCGGGAGGCGGGCGAGCAGCUUGGUGUGGACCCCAUACCAACGUGCUGCCCCUGCUUUGACAACUGUGGUGAGUGCGCUAGUUCACUCAACGACUAUGGGCCAAAGCGCAAGAUCAACAUCCACACACUUGAGGAGGAGUGUGCCCACCUCUGCCCCAAUGGGCUGGACAGGGAAACACUGAAGCAGAUCAGUGAGGACCCUGAGUGGCAUCUUGCCCCACAGGCAAGCACCCCCCAAACCAGCAAGCCACACAGGCACUCAGGGGUCCAACACUCCUUCUCUCUUGACCUCAACACCACCAAGGACAACUCCAUCACCUGCCACAAAACACUCUCCUCCUCCUUCUCCUUCUUCCACCCAGAGGACCAGUCCCUCCACUUUACACCCUACAUCAUUGGCCAGAAAAAGCAAGGGCAAGUGGAUGUUGAGCCAAAGGAGUGCUACCUUGUGCAUUACUGGCCAGAAGACUUGUACACCCUCUUCCACUCACAAGCCAAAGGGUAG